ACGCCAAAUAAUCUGCGCAGCGUCGCAUGACGUCGCACACUGGUAAACUCGUGUGUAAAGCAACACUCCAUCGUUGUACCGAGAAUUGUGCAGUGCUGUCACCAAGAAAACACGCCGUUCAGAUACAGGAAAUACAUUUCGGAACGCAAUUAUAUACCCAAUUGUGUGUGCGGCAAGUGACAGAUAGGAGAACCAGACAUGAUGAAGAUCACCCCUAACUCACUCUUCCUCCUCGGUCCUUAACAGACAGUCUGAAAUCAAAGCUUUGACGUGUCAGACAUCACAACGGACAUAGAAGGGGUUAAAAGGAGGGAGUUGGCCUCUUCCUCUGUGCAAGCUUCAUCAUCUUUACCUUCUCCAUCUACAAUGGAGAUUUUCCUGAGGCAACAGAAAGAGUGAAAAAAAGAGAUGCAGGAGCAAAAGGACCCUCAGCCUAAAUCUGCCAACAGCCUGGGAAAGGCUCAUCCUGCCUUGAAGGCCUUUAUGUGUGGCUCUCUCAGUGGCACCUGCUCCACUUUGCUCUUCCAGCCUCUGGAUCUGGUGAAGACCAGACUGCAGACCCUCCAGAACAACAUACACCCAGGUGCUCCUAAAGUGGGAAUGAUUACAGUGUUUUUCAACGUGAUCCGCACAGAGAAGCUGCUCGGCCUGUGGAAGGGGGUUUCACCGUCGUUUAUGCGUUGUAUUCCUGGCGUCGGAAUUUACUUCAGCACAUUUUACUCGCUGAAGCAGCAUUUCUUCAAGGAUGGGUCUCCGAAUGCAGGAGAGGCAGUGUUGCUAGGGGCGGGUGCUCGGUGCGUGGCAGGCGUGGCCAUGCUGCCCUUUACAGUCAUCAAGACUCGGUUUGAGAGUGGCCGAUACAACUACAUAAGCGUAGCUGGAGCUCUUAAAAGUGUGUGUCAGAACGAGGGUCCAAAGGCUUUGUAUUCUGGGCUCACGGCUACUUUGCUCAGAGACGCCCCAUUCUCUGGUAUAUAUGUGAUGUUUUACAGUCAGGCUAAAAAGUCCUUACCACAGGAGAUCAGCUCAUCACCUUUUGUACCUGUGGUUAACUUCAGUUGUGGAGUAGUUGCUGGUAUUUUGGCCUCUCUGGCCACUCAGCCAGCAGACGUAAUAAAAACUCACGUGCAAGUGAACCCACAACUGUAUCCCAGGACUAGCGAUGCUGUGCGCUUUGUUUAUUAUAAGCAUGGCCUGAGUGGGUUUUUUCGGGGAGCGGUUCCACGUUCGUUGAGGAGAACCCUCAUGGCUGCGAUGGCCUGGACGGUGUACGAGCAGCUGAUGGCCCGCAUGGGCCUGAAGUCCUAAAGCCGCCUUCUGCACGUUAUCUGUGGACUUUCAUACUGUGUAUGUGUGUGUCAGUUACAGAGAGCCUUUGCAGAUAACGGCAGACAGAUUUGGUGAAAACGAAAGCAAGCAGAGCUGGCUAAGCUACCGGCGAAAGAGUCAUGUGUCCGUGUGUGUUUGUAUCGUUUAAGUGCAGUGAGUCGUGACACCUUGUGACACCUCUGACAUUGACAUUCCUGAAUCAUCAGUGUGAGUUUAUCAGACUCUUUACGUCCGCAUUUUCAGAGUGAUGUCUUCGCUGAAACAUACCAAUGAGAGACGGACAGCUCACAUAAAAGUCCCGCACAAAAAAGAGGCCACUUUUGCCAGCCAGCAUUUGCCAACAAUGACUCUGCGGGCUCCUUACCUUGAGCCUGUUCCCUUCAGUUGAAAAUCCUUUUAGUGUAGAGACUUUAUAAAGACAUGUUGAUAAAAUCCUCCAGUGCUCAGACAAUCAGACAGAGAAACUGAAUUAACACCACAUGACUCGCCCACAGAGCCCAGUACCGACAAUUUUGCGUCUAAAUGCGAUGAUUUGUGCUAUGCUGCUGUUCUUUGCUGCGGAUGUUUGGAGAGACUGUGAAUUAAAAUCGCUGGAUUUGUUUUCUUUUACGUAACCUCGCCUGAAAUGAACAACAGUUUCCAGCGUUCACACAAAGCAAGGGCGCUGCCUGAUCGAGAGUUUCAUCAGGAUAAAGAUUUACAGAGUUAUAGACUUAAAGUUCCGGAAAAAACGAUCAAUUGAAAUGGAAAGUAUCAGUGAGAUUAUAAAAUUUCAUAUUAUAAUGUUUGCAAGCGUGUUGUUGUUUUGAUUGAUGUUGUUUUGUGUAAAUCCUGCUGUAAGACACCAUUGGUGUAUUGUGCAGCCAACAGGGUGAAUCUCAUGAUACCUGAAGAACUAAUAGUCAUAUUUAAUCCCCAAAAUCAUUAAAAAAUAAGCAAAGUGCCCCUUAAGAUUUUGGCAUUAUUACAUUAAUUUCACAGUGCAAAAAAUCUUCAUACAAUUGGUUCAUAAGCUUUGUGCACAUAUAAGGUGAAUUCAGGUUGAUCUGGACAGGUUUUUUUUUUUAAAGACUCAAAGUCAAAAAAAUGCCAUUUGAAUUUGGUUUUGCAAAGAAAUGUGACAUUUUAUACUGAGGCGCACCCUGUAUGCCUUUGGGUUUGUUAGUCUUUGUGAUGGUAUUUUGCUUAAAAACACUUUUUCACGCAAUCGUGCUUUAGGCGUGAGUUUACGUGUACACCAAGAAACUUUGAGGGUUCAUAUUAUAGUAUGUAACCUAACUGGGUUUAUAUGUGUUUUGAGAUGAGUUUAUUAAACUGGAUCACACUACAUAGAUCUAUACAUCAUAGUUUGUUAAAGCACUUUAAUUUCCGUGAAGUGAAUUCUAUUGAAACUGAAGCUGGUUGGUUGGGUGUGUGUAUGUGUUGGUCAAACAUUGCUGUCUGUGCUUUGUGCUGUAUUGUGAAGAUAUUCUGUUGCCUUCACACAAUCAGUAUUGUAUAUUCAGCAUUUCUUAUUGUUAAUAUUUUGUGUGUGAAAAUACUUGCACAUGCAAAUGUUGUGCCUAUGUUAAAAAAAUGAAUAAAUCUGCCCCAUUUUUUAAGUAAA